CAUUUCCAUUGUUCCCGUUGGCUGCCACUCAUUCUUCCAGCCAUUUGGAAGACUCGUCCGGCUCUCCUUCUGCUCGCGUGUUACUCAUAUACGUAUGUUCUACGCGUUGCUCACACAAUACUCGAGUACUGUCAGACAUGCGUAGAGGGCCGAGCAAUCUCGAGGUGUAUAUCAAGAGCGAUGGCCGCGAAUUGCCUGAAUACCUAGUGGAAACCGUAGACGACAAGACACUGGCGUGCUAUAUUCCUAGUGAGGUUGGAAAGACAUUCGAGAUCUGCUGGCGCGGAGACACCACACACGACUCACACAUGACAUGGCUGAAGUUCUAUGUCGAUGGUCAACACGCUGGCGGUGCAGUCUCUCGCCUCCGUGCUGUCGAGGAUAGUUAUUGGGGCAUCAGAUGCGCGAAAAACCAGCGAAAACCGUAUACUUUCGCCUCCUUGGCAACGACAGAUGACGAUGCUAUUGGUGUCAGCUCAGAAGCCCGGCCAGGCCUUGGCACUAUUGAAGUGCGGCUCGCCCAUGUAAUCAAACUUGGUAGUAGCCAGGCGCGCAGCAACGACAGUACAGAUAAGUUCAAGCUUGGAAUUGUGCACGAAAAAAGCAAGAAAAUGGGUAUGCAAUGCGUCUCGCUAGGAGAUGCUCGCAAAUGCGAUAACCUACGCAAACAGCCUGUAAAGUUAGUCAAUGCGCAGGAACCCUUUUAUUCAUGCUUCAUCUUCCGCUAUCGCUGCAAGGAUUUUCUGCAAGCCGAGGGAAUAUUGCCCUUAGAUGACAGACCUGAACGCAAGCGUCGAAUCAACCGAUCGCCUUCGAACGCUGCUGAAGCAGGACCGAGUCACAAGAGGGCAAGAGUUACCACGAUCUCUGCAACAUCAACAGCCCCGCAUGAAGACGACCAGUUAUCUCCGGCUCAUUCGGCUGAAGACAUCGAUGCGAUUCAGAAGGAGCUUAACUCGGCGCAGGGGCGCGUGCAGGCACUCAUGGGCAAGCUACAAGCUAUGGAACGCUCUGGUUCGUCUUCGAUCGUCAAGAAGGAACGACUAGACCUGGACGAGGAUUCCAUUACAUCAACCCAUGAUAACAUCAAGAAGGAAUGCCCCAUCGUCGGUCUUGAUAUUCAUGGCAGUGUCAUCGACUUGACGUUGGACGAGGAGUGAAGUAGUUCUGUCGAAGCACUAUGAUCACUGUACGUACCUACUGAUACGUCGUUGAUGGGGGAGUCUUGACCGUGGAAGACGUUGUGUCUCGUGCUUAAUUAAUCCUGAGUGUCAAUUACCAUAUGUCCGAGGGGCGGACUUUGGCACAUUUCCGUGCUCAAUGGCGUACAAGACGCAUACAAUGUCAAUGAUAUGGUAAGAUUACGUCGAGAAGCGGUCCACUGGUCGCCUCCGAUGGGCUUCAUCGCAUGCCUUCAAGUUCAGUAGU